AUGGACUCGCCACGAGAGACUGACGUCGUUUACGACGAGAAGAGUCAUGAAGCACCAGCCAUCACCAAGAACCCCGAAUCUAUUGAUUCUAAGGAUGCAAAGAAUGACAAGUUUGGAAAGACAGCUUACGAAACCGAGAUUUCUUCUAGUUCUGAUGAAGAAGGACGUGGCGGUGAGGUCAAUGCUCUUGAGACUGCAGAAGAUAUCGUUACCGCAAUUAUCAAUGUCGAUGAUGAUCCAACCUUGAAUCCCUGGACUUUUCGCAUGUUCUUCAUUGGUUUGGGACUAUCUGCUUUUGGGGCUGUACUCCAAGAGAUCUUCUACUUCAAGCCUCAAGUUAUCUAUGUAUCAGUUAUGUUUUUGACUGUUAUUGCAUACGCCAUUGGAGAAUUUAUGGCUUUAGUCAUACCUAGAUGGGGUGCAGUUGGUCGAUUCCUUAAUCCUGGUCCGUUUAACCAAAAAGAACACGCUGCCGCUGUUAUCAUGGCAUCGGCCGCCGCUGUUUCCGCUUUAUCCACGGAAGCAUUAGCAGCUCAAAAGCUUUGGUAUGGAGGAUAUCCUAGUCAAGCAGCCGGUGUAUUCUUGACAUUAUCUUCACAAUUGAUUGGUUACGGUGUUGCAGGCAUGAUGAGAAGUAGUCUUCUGUGGCCUACAAAGAUGCUUUACCCAGCAAAUCUUCCUGUUACUACUGUCUUGGAAACUUUACACAAAGAAAAGACAGCCAAUAGGAAGAGAAUGAAGGUUUUCUGGAUCAUUUUCUUUGCUCUAUUAAUUUGGGAAUUGCUUCCUGAGUACAUUUUCCCACUUCUUAUUGGUGUAUCCAUCUUUUGUCUCGCAGACCAACACAACCUAGUCUUCACCAAUCUUUUCGGAGGAGCAAACGGAAACGAGGGUGUAGGAUUCUUAUCCCUAUCUUUCGAUUGGAACUAUGUCGCUGGUUUCGGGUCUCCUCUCUGGAUGCCUCUUCAGACUUUGGUAAACAGUUUCAUCGGUACUCUCGGCUGUAUCAUUCUUUUUAUGGCAGUUUAUUAUGGCAACAUUUGGAGGGCACAAGAUUUCCCAUUUUUGUCUCAACAAUUGUUCAAUGGCGAUUCGAACUUUACCUUCUACGAUACCUUCAAUGAAACAACAAUCCUCAAUGACGAUUUUACCGUGAACGAGGAGGCACUCGAAGCUGGAGGUAUCCCUUAUAUGGCUUCCACCUAUAUUGUUUAUCUCAUCACAUCCAACAUGGGAUUCACAGCGAAUUUUGUCCAUAUGUUUCUCUGGAAUUUCGAUGACAUCAAGACUGGAUGGGCAUGGGCUAACAAGGCCACAUUGAAGAAGUUGUUAACACCUUCCCAUUAUAUGUUCUGGAAAGGUAAUGGCAGCAAACGUAGUGAAGAAGAAAAGCAAAUCUUGAGGGACGAUCCUAACAUUGAUCCGCAUUACAAAGUCAUGUUAGAUUACGAUGAAGUUCCCGAUCUCUGGUACUUCUUGGCAUUUGCGGCAAGUUUCAUUACUUCUAUGGCUUGUCUCUAUGCUAUGAAGUCAACCCUUCCAUGGUGGGGUCUGAUUUUAGCUAUGCUUUUCUUGACGGUUUUCAUGUUGUUUUUUGGUGCUCAGUAUGCCAUUACUGGUUUCCAAUUCAAUAUUGAACCCAUUGCUCAAACUCUUGCCGGAUAUUUAUUCCCUGGAGCUCCUCUUGCAAACAUGUACUUCACUACCUUUACUUUCAAUGCACUCCAACAAGGACAAUAUCUCCUCCGAGAUUUAAAACUAGCUCAGCAGAACAAGCUUUCUCCAAAGGUCACAUAUACAACGCAGAUAAUCGGGUGUAUUUUCGGAGCUUGUCUCAAUUAUGUCAUGAUGAUCACCAUCGUCAAGAAUCAAGCACCAAACCUUUUGACUAUUGAAGGAACAGCGAUUUGGUCGGGAGCUAAUGUUCAAUCCUUCAAUUCUCUCGCGAUUGCCUGGUCUAUUGCUCCUAAGAUGUUCUCUAUCGGUGCUCGUUACCAAUGGGUCACCAUCGCAUAUCUCCUCGGAUUCCUCGUCCCCGUUCCUUUCUGGCUCCUCAACAAAUAUUUUCCCCGACAACGCGUUUGGUCAUACCUCAAUCUCUCCAUUAUUCUCUGGUAUUUUGGAUAUCUUUGUGUUGGUAUCAACUCCAGUGUCUUCAUGUACUACUACAUCGGGGCAUUUGGUCAAUUUUACCUCCGAAAAUGGAGACCAAAGUACUUCGUCAAGUGGAACUACUUGGUUUCUGCCGGUCUUGACGGCGGAACUCAAGUCAUGCUCUUCCUCCUUACUUUCGCUGUUGCGGGAGGAAGUGGUGUUAGUAGACCGUUCCCAGAGUGGGCUGGAAAUGCUGCAAGUGGUAAUGUAGAUAAAUGUAUGUAUAAUGAGGCUAAUGGAUAA